UUCGUGAAAGUAUUGGAGCAUCGUAAAUGCAGUUUCGGCUGCAUGCGUCCACAGAAUGAUAUAAAUUUGAAAGAGUUAACUAGUAUUACACUGCGAAAAUUAGAAUUCUAAAUUCAACGUUCAUAUUACUAAUUCAAUUAACAACCAAGAAUCGGAAUUUUCAGUGCGAAAAAAGAAAAUAUACAUAUAUCUAUGGUUAUAAUAAUGGAAGAUAUUAAGUCAGAUAUUAUAAGCGCAGCAGCCACUACGCGCAUAAACCCGAUAUUUGCCCCCUCUAUAUCUGCAGCAAAGUUUGUGUCGGUGUUCCGCAUCGAUGGAGUUCCUAUUAUACCGCCAUUGAUGACGGCCGACAAGCGACCACAAAUGCAGAAAUUAAAAGAAAAGGCAAUUAAAAUAGAGCAACGUUUAGAGGAAAAUCGACAUAGGAAACAGAGAUAUAAUUUGGAAUAUGGCGCAGAGCUUGAAGAAUUAAAAGAAAAUAUAGAUGUUAUAGAUAAUAAAAACAAAAGUAGUAACUGCAGUUUAUCUGAGCAUUUAAUAGAACUUGAUGCCCCGUAUAUGUUACUUUCAGAUAUUCUGACACAAAAUGAAAAUGAAUCGAAGUUAUCUACGCCCAAUCAGAAUCGCGCGAAAAUAACUCGUCAAACUGCCGGUGAAUGUAGUGAAUUUAAUGUUCAAAUGCAACAGUCGAACUCUUUGGAAAUCAAUCUUAUGCACCGUAUGCAGAAGCUACAAAAAUCAGAAACUUUGAUUUACGACCAUCGUUCUAAUACAAUCAUCAGUCCUUUAACAGAGGACGAAGUGCAAAUCUUCCAACAACAACAGCAACAAAUAAAUUUGGAUCAUCCAGAUGAAAAGUCAAUUGGACAAAAAGUUGAAUUGACAAAAGGUGAAAACGCAAAUAUAAAUUGUGCUGCACGUCAGAAAUCGGAAAAGGUUCUAAAGAAAAUUCCAUCAAUAUGUAUUGAUCCACCAAGACCAAUAAAUAGUUCGCGUUCAUUUAUUGAUACUCUAAAACAACAAAAUAGUAUUGACGCUAUAAAUGUGAAUAAACAAGAAACACAUAAAAAAAGUUUGAACAAAUCAUUGCAGGAUGAAAUAAGUUCAGACGAAAGCUUCAACUGCAUGGAGUCCACCAAAAAUCGCGAGCGAGAUUUGAAAACUCAUCACAAAGUAACGAACAUCACCAGCAAAAUCCUUAAGUUUGAAAAUUUUACCGUAACAGACACGAAAACGGACAAGCCCAAGUGCUCUAAUAUAAAGCCACCGCAGAGAUCGGCAACAAGUCCAUCAUUGAAGUCAUUACUAUCCGAGAGAACGCAGUCCAAAAUUAAAUCUCUGGACGUUAGCCUUACAACGCAAAAUGAAAACCAUUUAGUCCGCUCAAACUCCUUUACACUAGAUUACCCUUCGAAAGCAUUAAUUGAACACAUUCGUCAACAACAAGUACCUAAUGACGUUUAUCCCACCAAACGUUCCAAUUUGUUUUCUAUGAGCUCCACACGCGACACUGUCGAAUCAAAAGCGAAACGUGUGCAAAAAGUCGAUCUUAAUCCACGCGCACAACCAAUGCGCUUACAACUAAAGCCUUCAAUCACAAAUACUACAAGUCCAUCCUCAACACACCAUUCAGGCGCUAAAAGUAAACGUUCACCUUAUGAGCAAAAACUAAUUAAACCGAAAAUUGGACGUCAGCUGAAAAAAUCUAUUUUCGGUACAACCGCUAUCAAACAAAUGAAACCCACACCUUCGAUGCCAAGCAUACAAACUGCUAAAGUGACCACAGAAAGUGCACGCGAACGCGCAGCAGGCAAUCAACAAUACAACGGUAUUUAGUAUGAACACCGUCAAAAAUUUCUCGAGUUAUUGGCGCAACAAAAACGUGAACAACAACGUAUGCAGCAGGUAUUCGAAGAGCAACAAAGGUAUUUGCUAGAACAGCUGACAAAUAAAAUAGGCAAUGUACAAAUACAACAUGCUGUAGAUCAUGUGAACAACAAAAGAGUUAACAGUAGUUACCAUGGCUCGGUAGAAAAUUCACCAACAGCAAGGUCAGACUGUGCUGAAUCAAUGAGUGCGGACAGUUGUGUCGCAGCAAAUUCUUUGGACUUGAUGUCAGGUGCAAUCCAACUACCAUCGUUGGAACUAUCAAUCGGCCCAUCAACAUUGCCGGCGAGAUCGCAAAGCAGUAACUGCACCCCUCGACGACGGCUCUUUUCACACGACCUCUCACCAACAGCUUCAAACAGAAGUGUGUCGAUUAGCAGCAACCACAGUGGAGUAACUAAUAAUGUUGGGCGCUCAAAUGGCACAACUAGUGGAGCGUCAAGUAGUCGCCGCCAAUCGUUGAUUACGAGCACAUCCGUAGAAGCUGAGCGACGAGCGUCUGCUGCGACCAAGAUCAAUGUGUAUGUACGCGGUUAUUUAGUGUGUCGUCUCUUUCAAACGGAACAAGUUCAGCGUGUAGUACAAACCAUCAAAGAUACAUUAAUAUUCGUUUUGAACUUACACAUGGAGACCAGCGAAGAUCCAAUGAAAGCGGGUGCUCCUGCUAAUAUCAAAUUUAAAGCACGACUUUUAAAGCAGCUGGUUUCUGCGAUACGCACCCUUCAUCUGAUUCUUUUCCAAACAACGCCUAAGGAACGUAUGGAAAUAAUUAGUCGUGAUCGUAAACGUAUUAAAACCAAAAUGCUGAAAAAUAAUUUGAAAUGGUCACCGCGCAUUCAAACGUGAUACAUAACGGCCGUCCAUAUUUCAGCACAUUAUAUUAGAUUCAUGAAAACUAUUCCAUAACUGAACUAU